AUGGCAUCAAAAAGAAGUGUAUCUUGCCAGAAUCAUCCCCUCAGCUCCUACGAAAUCAUGUUUGCUGCUCUCUUUGCCAUACUAAUGGUGAUCUGUGUAGGAUUAAUUGCAAUAUCCUGGAUCACGAUCGAAGAAUCAGGACAAGAUGAAGAAUUGGGGAAAAGUCAUCAAACAAAAGGGACAUUUAAAAUAACAUCUGGAGCUACAUAUAAUCCUAAUUUGCAAGAUGAACUCUCAGUGGAUUUCAAAGUCCUUGCUUUUGACCUUCAGCAAAUGAUAGACGAUAUCUUUCAAUCAAGCAAUCUGAAGGAUCAGUAUAAAAGCUCUAGAGUUUUACGAUUUGAAAAUGGCAGCAUUAUAGUCCUAUUUGACCUUUUUUUUGUUCAGCAAGUAUCAGAUGAAAAUGUAAAAGAAGAACUGAUUCAAGGCAUUGAAGCAAAUAAAUCCAGCCAACUGGUCACUUUCCAUAUUGAUUUGAACAGCAUUGAUAUCACAGAAUCUUCGGGGAACUUCCCUACUAUAAUCCCUACAACAACUUCAGUUAAGUUGACAACCAGCCAUCCACCAGCAACUCCAGGAAAUGUCUCUAUCGAGUGCCCAGCUGGUUCAAGGCCUUGUGGUGCUGAUGUUCCAAAGUGUAUAGCCAUCAACUUAUUCUGUGAUGGAGAGAUAAACUGCCCAGAUGGUGCUGAUGAAGAUAAGGAACUCUGUGCCACAUCUUGUGAUGGCAGAUUUUUGCUGACUGGAUCUUCAGGGUCUUUCCAGGCUGUGCAUUACCCACCACUAGCUACAUCAUCAAGUAUCGUUUGCCAGUGGAUCAUACGUGUAAAGCAAGGACUUUCCAUUCAACUGAGCUUUGACUCUUUUAAUACAUAUUAUUCAGAUGUGUUAAAUAUUUAUGAAGGAGUAGGACCAAGCAAAAUUCUAAGAGCUUCACUAUGGGAAACUGAUCCUGGUGUAAUUAGAAUAUUUUCCAACCACGUUACUGCUACCUUUGUUAUACAAUCUGAUGAAAAUGACUAUAUUGGCUUUAGUGCAACAUAUACUACAUUUAACAGCAGUGAACUUAAUAAUUAUGAGAAGAUUAAUUGUCAUUUUGAGGAUGGCUUUUGUUACUGGAUCCAGGAUCUAAAUGAUGAUAAUGAAUGGGAAAGGAUUCAGGGAGGCACUUUUCCUCCUACUACUGGUCCAAAUUUCGACCACACUUUUGGCAAUAAUUCAGGAUUUUAUAUUUCGACACCAACUUUUCAAGGAGGGAGAAGAGAACGAGUUGGACUUUUAAGCCUCCCCUUGAAGCCUGCUUUGGAACCAGUCUGCCUUAGUUUCUGGUAUUUUAUGUAUGGUGUAAAUGUGUAUAGAUUAAGCAUUAAUAUCACCAGUGGCAAAAACCUGGAGAAGACCAUUUUCCAAAAAGAGGGGAAUUAUGGUGAAAACUGGAAUUAUGGACAAGUAACAUUAAAUGAAACAGUAGAAUUUAAGGUUGCUUUUAAUGCUAUUAAAAAUCCAUUUCUGAGUGAUAUAGCUUUGGAUGACAUUAACCUAACAUAUGGGAUAUGCAAUGAGAGUCUUCAUCCAGAACCAACUUUGGUCCCAACUUCUCCACCAGAGCUCCCUACGGACUGUGGAGGACCUUUUGAACUGUGGGAACCAAACACAACAUUCAGUUCUCCAAACUUUCCAAACAACUAUCCUAAUCAGGCUUUCUGUGUCUGGAAUUUAAAUGCACAAAAAGGAAAGAACAUACAAGUCCAUUUUCAAGAGUUUGACUUAGAAAAUGUGGUAGAUGUAGUUGAAAUCAGAGAUGGUGGAGAAGAUGAGUCUUCGCUCCUAGCCGUGUAUACAGGGCCAGGGCCAGUGAAGGAUGUGUUCUCCACUUCAAAUAAGAUGGCUAUCUUGUUCAUCACUGACAACAGUUUGACCAGAAAAGGAUUUAAAGCAAACUUCACUACAGGGUAUCAUUUGGGGAUGCCAGAGCCGUGCAAAGAUGACACUUUUCAGUGUGAAAAUGGAGAAUGUGUUCCACUUGUGAACCUCUGUGAUGGUCAGCCACAUUGUAAGGAUGGCUCAGAUGAAGCACAUUGUGUGCAUCUUUCCAAUGGCACAAUGAGCAACAAUGGGCUGGUGCAGUUCAGAAUCCAGGCCAAAUGGCAUGUAGCCUGUGCUGAGAACUGGACCACAGAAAUUUCAAAUGAUGUUUGUCACCUUCUGGGACUGGGGAGUGGAAAUUCAUCAAUGCCUAUAUUCUCUACCAGAGGUGGACCAUUUGUAAAAUUAAGCAAAGCACCUAAUAGCAGUUUAAUACUAACUCCCAGUCAACAGUGCUUUCAAGAUUCGUUGAUUUACUUGCAGUGUAAUCAUAAAUCAUGUGGUAGAAAGCUGGUGACUCCAGAAGUCAGCCCAAAAGUCGUUGGAGGAAGCAACGCAGAAGCGGGAGCCUGGCCAUGGCUCGCUGCUCUGUAUUACAGAGGCCAGCUUGUCUGCGGCGCGUCUCUUGUAAGCAGAGAAUGGUUGGUGUCUGCCGCACACUGCGUAUAUGGGAGAAAUGUAGAUCCAUCACGGUGGACAGCAUUCCUAGGCCUGCAUAUGAAAUCAAAUCUGACUUCUCCUCAUAUAGUAACCCGGUUGAUAGAUCAAAUUGUCAUAAACCCUCAUUACAAUAAACGGACAAAGAACAAUGAUAUUGCCAUGAUGCAUCUUGAAUUUAAGGUGAAUUACACAGAUUAUAUACAACCUAUUUGUUUACCAGAAGAAAAUCAAGUUUUUCUUCCAGGAAGGAAUUGUUCUAUUGCUGGCUGGGGAACAGUUGUACAUCAAGGUCCAACUGCAAACAUAUUGCAAGAAGCUAAUGUUCCUCUUCUAUCAAAUGAGAAAUGCCAGCAACAGAUGCCGGAAUAUAACAUUACGGAAAAUAUGAUAUGCGCAGGCUAUGAGGAAGGAGGAAUUGAUUCUUGUCAGGGAGAUUCGGGAGGACCUUUAAUGUGCCAAGAUGACAACAGCUGGGUGCUUGCUGGUGUGACCUCAUUUGGGUACCAGUGUGCCAGGCCUCAUCGCCCAGGGGUCUACACCCGGGUCCCAGGCUUCACCGAAUGGAUACAGAGUUUCCUACACUAA